GUUUUCAAAAUUUAAAAUAAAAUUUUCCAAUAGAAUGUGACAAUUAAAUUGUAAUAGUUUUGAGUAUAAAAAACAGCAAAAAAAUUUUCCCCAAUGGUGAACACAAUUUAUCGAUAAAAUACUCAUUAUUUUUCACUCAAAAAAAAAAAAACAACAUGUUUAAACUUCAUUCAAAUUCACCAGAACUAAGUUAUUUGGUUAGAGAGUUCUCCAGGAGAUUGUUUCAUACAUCACAAGUGUUUGGACGAAAAAAUCAUUACGAUUCUUUGGGGAUCACACCGAAGGCAACACAAAAUGAAGUGAAAACUGCAUAUUAUAAAUUAUCAAUGAUUUAUCAUCCUGACAAGAAUAAAGAUAGUGUGAAUGCAUCAAAUAAAUUUCGUGAUAUCACUGAAGCGUACGAAGUGUUAGGAAAUUAUAAAUUAAGAAAAUUGUAUGACAAAGGUAUAAUACAGUCGGCUAAUCCUCGUAUCGCUGAACAACAUGCAGACGAUAUACCAGAAGACGAUGCAGAAACAAGAUUUUAUAAAUCACGACAAUUUCGUCAUAGAGCACCACCCCCGGAGGGUGCAACACCCAUUUAUAACUUUGAUGAAUGGACAAAAGCACAUUAUGGUCGAACAUUUGAACAUCGGCAAAAUGUUAAAACACGAUAUAAUGCCCGUUUACAACACGAACUUCGUGUUAAGUAUGAUAAACAAUCGGAGAAGAUAAUUGGUGGUGUUAUAAUGGUGAUAUUUUUAAUGUAUUGUUUUUGGCCAGAAGAUGAUUGGGAUAAUGUUCGAAGUGUAUCAAAACCAAAAUAGUCGAAUUUAAAAAUUAGUGUUGUUCAAUUUUCUUUCUUCUUUUUUUUUGGGUUUGUUUAUGAAUAAAGAAAACAUUCUUGUUCUUGUUUUUAGGUUAUUUAUUUUAAAGAAAAACUUAAAAAAAAAAGUGCACCCAUUGUUCUCAGGAUUUAGUAUAAUUAUUGUUUGCAUCGAAAAUGGAAGCACUUUCAAAAAAAAAUUAUCUAGAAUUGAAUCGUUUUACUAGGGCACAAAAAUACUCGACACUAACGAAUAUUUGUAGUUUUAUUGUUUUCAAUUUUUAUGAAUCCCUUCGUUUUCUGGGUUUCCCUCAUUCAAGGUUUUUUUUUUUACUCUUCUUCGAGAUAAUAAUAGACCAAAGGGUCCUCUGUGCCCUCGUUGAAAACAACCUGUCAUCCCAAGGCGAAACGUCAGGGCUAGGAAUCACCAAAGAUUGAUGGAUCCAAGAUUUUGAACCAAACAUUCUAAACCUUUCGCCCCUCAAGUUUCUGCAAAUACAAAUGACACACCUGGAAGCUCCAUCCAGAGAUCCCUAUGUUAUGAAGAUGGUAGUUUAUCAACAGUGUCCUGUCAAGAGUCUCUCCACCCUUUUCAACUGUGCCCUAAAUGGGUUUCAGGCGAUUGUAGCCAAAUGAUCGAGCUGUGGUUAUGUUCAGUUUGGUCUGACUAAGUCCCAGUAAUCGUCAUUCAAAUCAUCUUGCUAAAAGAAGAACAGACUCAGAUGAAAGAGGUAUUUAAGAACGAUCCUUUCAGCCCUUUUAAGCCAGAGACCCGGUACCCAGAUCAUAAAAUGAAUAGUAAAUUCUUUUUGUCAUCAAAUAUUACAAUAUUUUUGAAUCAUAUGAUUGUUCUCUGUAAAAUGAUUCGACUAUAGAUUGAUA